GUCACUUCCGCUGAACUGAACGUGUUUUUCCAUGUGUUUUACAAACUGAAGCCGCGGAGAAAAGGUUACCGUUGCCAUGACGUCGCUGUCUCACCAGCUGAAGAGACUCGCUCUCCCUCAGACCGACGCCAGCCUCCUGAUCUGUCACGAUGUGGCCUCGUUGCUCUUUGACCCUAAAGACGCUGCGACGAUGGACAGAAGCACCUUCUACGCCCUCGGUUGUACAGGGCUGGAGGAGCUCCUUGGGUUGGAUCCGGUCUUUGCAGACUUCCAGCAGACCCUGUUCAGUCCUUCCUCUCAGACCCUGGAACGCAGCGUCCAGUCCAAGGAGGUCAACCGACAGCUGGACGACAGCAUCAGUCUGUUCCUGAGCCGGCUCUGCCCCUACUUCCUCCUCAAACCGGCGCACAAAUGCAUGGAGUGGCUGAUUCACCGGUUCCAUAUCCACCUCUAUAACGUGGACAGUCUUCUCUCCUGUGUCUUUCCGUACCAUGACACUAAAGUGUUCGUCAGAGUUCUGCAGCUGCUUCGGAUCAAAGACUCCGCCCACCGCUGGAACUGGCUCCAGUGUCUGCAGAAACCUGGCGUGCCUCUGUCCAGAGCAGCACUGGUGGUCCACUGCACCACAGACCUGGGCUUCAUGGACUUCAUCUGCUCCAUGGUCCCCACAUCCAUCCAGGCGUUCUCCGCUCAUCCCGGCGGCUGUUCUCAGCUCAGAGUGGUCUUCUCCUUCUACGCCUCCACCAUCGUUUCUGCUCUGGACGCCGUUGAAAAAGUGUCCGAGUCCAUCAUCUCCAAACUGCUGCCGUACGUCCACAAGGGCCUGAAGUCUCCGCUGGCCGACUACAAAGCCGCCUCCUACAUGAUCGUGUGCCAGCUGGCGGUCAGUGUGGUCCUGGAGGCGGGGCUAGUGGACGCUCUGGCCUUUCAGGUGGUCAAGUCUGUGGUCAAGGAGCCGGUCCUGGACAAAGAGGGGCUGGGCUGUCUGAUGGUCCUCCUGCAGAACCAGAAGGACGGCGCCGCCGGGCCCAGGGUGUUCUCUCGUCUGUGUUCCAUGGCGUCUCUGGUUCCCACGCUGCAGCUCAUGUCGUCCCGUCAUGACAUCACUCCGCUGAUGCGUCACCUGGUUCCUCACCUGGUCACCGGCGUCUUCAGCGGCUCAGGUGAUGAAGUCAGCGUCCUGGAGUCCGUCCUGAGUUCAGUUCCUCUGACCAAACACCUGGACCAGACGCUGGCCCGUUUACUCCUGGACCAGUACCUGAGUCAGACCCCAGUCUCAGAUGAAUCCAUCUCCUCUUUAAACCAGCGUCUUCUGCCGCUCAUUCGACUGUUUGAGUCCAAGUACUGUUCAGCUCUGGACGACGUCCUCGCAGGUCAUGUGACCGACGUCGACAACGAUGAACAGAAACGUCUGUUCCAUGAGUUUCUGUCUCUGUCCAUGAGCAGCGGAAAAUAUAAGAUUCUGGGCGACUCGGACACGUCUGUGCUCCUCAGUCUGAAUCAUCCUCAGCCGUCGGUGCGAGCGCUGGCGUUGGAACAUCUGAUGGACGUGGUCACCUCUGGACAGCCUCACAGUCUGGAGGAGUCGUUCUUGAAGGACUCGGUGGUGGAGCGGCUGAAGGACGACGUCCCGGCGGUCGUCGCUGCUGCUCUGAAACUCCUGGAGAUGCUGUUGGAUGUUUUGGACCCUGAACACACCGCGUCAUGUUUACUGUCACUGCUGCACAGAAUAGAUCUGCCCACAUCAGAAAAAUGGCUGCCGGUGCUGACGGAGGCGGUGCGUUUACUGUCUGACCCCCAGCUGGGAAAGGGGGACGUGGAGUUUGAGCAGAGGAUCGGGUGGAAGCUGCUGCCUUUCCUGGUCAUGGUGGGCGGUGCCCGGGACUCGGCCCAGGUCCGGUUCUCCUCCUGCGUGGCCCGGACCUCCGUCGUGAAGCGGCACCCGCUCACCCUGAAGUGGGCCGGAGAGUUGGACGAGGUGAUGAAGAAAAGCUCAGAUCCAGACUUCGCAGGGUUAGCGAACCAGCGUCUUAUGUCCACGUUGACCAAGAACCUGGGAAACAUGGAGGUCUUCUUCAGACAGGAAGCGUUGGAGACCUUGGCCCAUUCUGUGGAGCUUCUUCAGGGUUCUGGCCUCAGGGACCGGGUCUCCUUCCUGGUCCUGGUCCAGACUCUGCUGCAGGGUCUGGACCAGCUGACAGAGACCAAACACCUGCUGACGUCUCAGAGGGCCUUCGGUCUGCUGGAGGCUCGGCUGGUGUUCAACGGCGACCCGGACCGGCAGGAAGCGGGCCGUCCUCCCUCUGGCCCCUCCUCCUUCUCAGAGGCCCUCAGCGGUUACCUGUCCAGGUGUGGCUCAGGUGACCAUCUGGACUCGGACUUCAGCUGGGUUCUGCUGGCGCUGCUCAGAGACUUCAUCCACGACCUCAAGUGUCACGACGCCACGUUCAGAGGUGAGACGUGGUGGAAUCCAGAGAAGCUGGACGCCAACACCUGCUGUUACCUGAACCUGCUGUGUCGUCUGUUCGCUGUCAUCAUGGGCGGGGCGGGGGAGGGGCCUGCGUCCGGCGGCUUCAGGGACUUGAUGAAGGUCCUGGUCCAGGUUCACCUUCCAGAGCCGCUGAUGCUCUUCAGGUUCCUGUGUCUGCUGUGGGGAUACGGCGGUAACCACGGCGACCAGCUGGACGUCAAAGUGGGCGCGGUCCUUCAGACUCAGGCUCUGUACAUGGGCAGAGCGCUGCUGGCUUCGCAGAACGCCGCCACACUCAGACUCCUGGCCGACGCCCACUCACCCGUCGUCCCGUCUCUGCUCGUCUGUCUCUGCUCUCCUGUUCGGGAGGUCCGGAGGGCGGGGCUCGGCGUUCUGCAGAGCCUAUCAGCGGCCGACGCCUCCCCCUAUCAGCCAAUCACAGAAAGGCUCCUGAGGAACUCGGAGGAGAUCACGGCCGACCCGUCGUACCUGAACACGGCUCUGGCGGCUCUGCACCAGGACAGUUUAUCGUCCAAAUCCCAGACGCAGCAGAAGAAGCUGCAGACGUCCAUGCAGCAGCUGUUGGAGGUGGUCCGCAGUCCCAACUGUCCGUCGUACACGGCCGGUUCUCUGCUCAGAGCCAUGAGCCACGUCAACGGACCGGACGUCCUGUCGGCUCUGCUCCCCGUCCUGGACCGGCUCCAGGACCAGGCCGGACCCGACGUCCCGGCCCUGCUGGCGGACGAGGCCCGGCUGGUGCAGCUGCUGCUGGGGAAGUUCACCCAGGAGUCGGCGCCCCUGCUGGCCACAGACAGGAAGUGUCUGGAGCUGUUCGUCUGCGCUCUGAAGAGCUCCGCCCCCUCGCACCCCAGCAUCCCCAGCUCCCAGAUCAUCGCUCUGGAACAGAUCUCCAAGUCCUUCUUCUCGUCCGUCGGGGACGAGUCGGUCCAACAGAAGCUGCUGGCGGUGAUGUUCGACCUGCUGGUGGACAACAGGAGUCCACAGGUGGCCAACGGCGUCAGCAGCGCCUUCAAAGGGAUCUCCGUCGACGCUCAGCUCGUGGCCAAUGAGCUCAGUCCUCCAGACAAACCCGCAGUGGGCGGGACCGUCCAGCAGAGCCGCCGGAGCAGGAUGACGAGCAGGAAGAAAGCGGACGGAGGUGUGGCGGAGCCUGAAGGGGGCGCUGUGUCCUGGGGGAGGGUCUGUCUGAUCCUGGAGCUGCUGCAGCACAAGAAGAAGCUCAAGAGGGUCCAGACCCUGGUCCCGGUUCUGUUCUCUCUGCUGUCCAGGUGUCUGGAGUCCGGUCCUGCAGACCAGACCAGCGUCGAGUACACCAAACAGCUCCUGCUCAGCUGCCUCCUGAACGUCUGCACCAAACUGGGUCCUGAUGGACCGGCGCCGGACCCGGGCGUCCUGGACGAGGACAAGUUCAGCGUGGAGCUGGUGGUCCAGUGCAUCCGAAUGUCCGAGGUCCCUCAAACGCACCACCAGGCUCUGCUGCUGCUGGGAAGCGUCGCUGCCAUCUUCCCUGACAAAGUGCUACUGAACAUCAUGCCCAUCUUCACCUUCAUGGGCGCCAACAUCAUGCGACUGGACGACGCCUACAGCUUCAGAGUCAUCGACAAAACGGUCCAGAUGGUCAUCCCGGCGCUGAUCCAGGCCCAUCAGCUUUCUGACGGUCAGACGUCGCCUCACAUGGUCGCCAUGGCGACGCGCAUCAUGCACGUGUUCGCCGACGCGCUGCCUCACGUGCCCGAGCACCGGCGCUUACCCAUCCUCACUCAGCUGGUGACCACGCUAGGCCCCGCCCACUUCCUCUGGGCCCUGAUGCUGCUCCUGUUCAAGCUCCACGCCACCGCGGCCCACGCCGGCGACAAGGACGCAGCGUUACAGAAGGACCUGGACUUCUGGAUCUGUGUGUGCGGUCAGUUCGAGGUGAACGAGCAGCUGACGUCCGUGGUCCGCAUCCUGGGCUUCCUCCUGCGGCUUCCUGACGACAAAGACGACGCUCCUGUGAAGCACCCACUCACUCGAACAGGAGCCAAGAAGAAGGAGGAGCCUGAGGAGAAGGGGGAGGAUCUGAUCUUCAACGUGGACGCUCACAGCAGCAAAGAGCUGCGACACUUUAAGUUCAUCUGUGUUUCCUUCAUGGCUCAGCUGCUGCGAUCCAACAGCUUCAUCGAAAAGGUGUCGGACUGUGCAGACGUGCUGGAUGAGUGUGUCCUUCAGCUUCAGCUUCAGCAGAGACUUCUGGAGGAGAUCCUACGUUACAUCCACAGCGUCGCUCGAUGCGUGGAGGAAAACGCCGACAAACCCACGGCCAAGUUCUGGAGGGUUCUGCUGAACAAGGCCUACGAGGUCCUGGACCAGAUGAACGCGCUGUUGCCCACGGAUACCUUCAUCACAGUGAUGAAGGGGCUGAUGGGAAAUGAGCUGCCGUCAGUGAGGAGGAAGGCCAUGGAGCUGCUGAACAACAAACUCCAACACAGGACGCGGUGGGAGGAGCCUCAGGUCGCCGUGUUCUUGGCGCUGAUCGACGACCUGCUGAGCGUCGUGGGUAAACCUCGCAGUCAGCUGACCCGGGACGGGGUGGCGGAGCACGCCGUCAACCGGCAGACGGCGCUCUACAGCCUCAAACUGCUGUGCCGCGGCUUCGGCUCCGCCCACCAGGAGGCGUUCGCCCCCGUCCUGGUGCGAGCCGUGGAGAUCGUCACAGCGACCGAGGAGGACAAGAACGUGACGGGCAGCGGUCUGCUCUGCAUCGCCGAGGUGGUGAGCACGCUGAAGGCGCGCGCCAUCCCACAGUUACCACGCUUGAUGCCGGCCGUACUGAGCGCGCUCAGAGACAGGAAGGAGCUGCUGACCAAUGAGAUCUACCUGCUGAGCGCCGUCACCGCCCUCCAGCGAAUCACGGAGACGCUGCCUCAUUUCAUCAGCCCGUACCUGCAGGACGUCACAUCCCAGGUGUGUCGCCUCACCUGUCUGCUCCACUCCUCCUCCUCGUCUUCAUCGUCUGCCGCCGCUCAGCUGUCGGCUCGUCUGUCGGCGCUCAGAAACACGCUGUCGACCAAACUUCCCCCCAGAGUCCUCCUGCCGACCGUCAGCAGGACCUACAGCAGCCUGGUGUUGGACCGGAAGACCCAGCUGGGGGCGCUGAUGAGCAUCCUGAAGGAGCACAUCAGUCACAUGGACAAAGACCAGCUGAGCGUCCACCAAUCAGAGCUCACGGCGUUCUUCCUCACCGCUCUGGACUUCCGCUCAGAGCACUGCAAGGACGACCUGGACGAGGCCGAGCGCGUGGAGGGCGCCGUCAUCGACUGUCUGGUCGCCAUGGUGAUGAAACUGUCCGAGGUCACCUUCAGACCGCUCUUCUUCAAGCUUUUCGAUUGGAGUAAAUCGGAGGUGGGCGGGGCCGACCGCCUGCUGACCUUCUACCGUCUGACGGACGCCGUCGCAGACCGACUCAAAGGCCUGUUCGUGCUCUUCGCCGGAAACUUAGUGAAACCGUUCGCAGAUUUACUGCGACGAAGCGCCGACGCCGGUGAGCGUCUGUUCGAGUCGGACCCGGGCGAACACAAAACCUGUCUGCUGCUGCGCUCCGUCCUCGACGCCAUGACCAAGGUCUUCAUGUACGACACGCAGCGUUUCCUGAGCGCCGAGCGCGCACACACCCUGAUGAGUCCGCUGGUGGACCAGGUGGAGAACUUGGUGGGCGGGGCUGAGCGCUACCAGCAGAGGGUGUCCCAACACCUGGUCCCAUGUGUGGGCCAGUUCGCCGCCGCUUUGGCCGACCACGCCCACUGGAAAACUCUGAACUACCAGGUCCUCCUGAAGACCAGGCACUCCCACGCCGAGGUGCGUUUCUCGGCUCUGCUGCUGCUCCUGGAGGUGGCGUCCAAACUGAAGGAGAACUACGUGGUUCUGUUACCGGAGACCAUCCCGUUCCUGGCGGAGCUCAUGGAAGAUGAGUGUGAGCAGGUGGAGCAGCAGGUGCAGAGCGUCGUCCAGGAGAUGGAGAACAUUCUGGGAGAACCGCUCAACGCCUACUUCUAAGCACAGCAGAGGUUCUAAAACUCCAGACGCUUCAUUUUAUUUGUACUUUUGUCUCCAGUGGAAAAAAUAAACUCAUGUCACACGG